CUCCAUUUUUCUUCUCUCCUCUUUACCCUUUUUUUCUCACAUUCGGAUUUCGAACUCUUCUCUUAUUGCUUUCUUCGCGUCACACUUGGACUGGGACGAUGGAUGCGAGGGGAGGGUGUUGUAUCGCGAGAUACGCCACCGGUGCGUAUGAUAUGUCCAAGGUCCAGAGGAUAAUGCUCAGGUUUCGCCCGAUCGCCCCGAAACCAACCGCCGGGAGUUCCAACUCCGGCAGUUCUUCGUCGGAGAGCAGUGACGCCUUCCCCAAAGGAGGUAGGCCGAAGAGAAAGUACGUUAGAGAUGGCAGCGCCAACAACAGCAAAAGGUGCAAUAGGAAGAGAAAAUUAUCGCCGGACCAGAACGACCCGGUUGUUACUCUUCCCUUGCUUCCAGAAACUCCCGAUCCUAAGAAUCCUCGGGCAACAGAUCCAACAGUACCUGCUCCGAAGGAUUUGCUGAGCGACGGAAAUGUUCCGAUGUGGUUGAAUUUCGAGAAUAUCGCCCCUGGUAAAGCAGAUCCUCCGGUGCCCUUCUGGUAUCCGGAUCAAUCGCCGACUAGGGCUGCGGGUUCAUGCGUGACGGUUGAAUGCGUGACGGAGACGUGGGUAGAAGGGGACGGGCUUGGAAGUACGGACGAGGAGCGAACAGAGAAGCUGAGCAGGGACACGUGUCCGGCGUUUAUAUCGGACGGUUAUGGGAGGGUGACGUGGACGAACGGCGCGUACAGGAGCAUGGUGGGGCAGAGCGGCGGCAGCAAGCAAGGGGUGUGGUUGGCGAUCAGGGAGAAGGUGGGGAUGGCGGUGAGAAGAGCGGUGGCAGGGUACCCGUCGUUCACGUGCAGGGUGAGGAUGGAGUACACGUGUGGGAAGAAGAAGAGUUCAUUGACAGUGCCAUGCGAUGUAUGGAGGAUGGACAAUGGUGGAUUUGCAUGGAGAUUAGACGUCAAAGCUGCUCUUAGCUUGAGCCUGGUUCGGUAAUGAUAAGAAGAGAAGACCCGCGCAUAAAGUUAAAUAUAUAACGGGCCCUAACUCCAACGUCCAAAAUCGUUUGAUCUGCGAAAUCCUUCCCUUGAGAGGUGUUUUGUUUUUUAAAAAAUUUAACCUUAUACCUUAACUCUUUCUAGAAUUGUAAAUAUAUCUGCGAGCUUCGGAGUGUGCUUCCCCGUAGAUGCAAGUAUUGGGUUGCUGAUGAGAGGUUUUCUGCAUUAUUUGACGUGAGUUUGAACUUUCUGAGUUGCGUGCCAGAAGCAUGUAAUUUUGUGUAAUCCCAAGUAUUAGUAAAUAUUUUUGUGUUGUUCCUUACAGUAA